GACUGUCCGGGCCAUCUCCUCUCGUGAGACUCGGGGAAAGCCCGAGGGGCUGCGAACCCCAGGGUGGACUGGGUGUGGGGCGCGAGCCGCCGUGGGAGCGCGUGCCGCGGUCUCGGGCCUCUCGCGCCGGCCACCGCCGCGCCCCGCCCCCUCGGCACGCAGACCCCGCGCGAGCUCGCGCACGCGCGCGCACUCGCCAGAGCCUGGAUCGGGACAGCCGGGACUGGGGGGGCGGAGGCCGGGCCGCUGAGGUACGAGGGGCGGAGCCCGAGCCGCCGUCGCCGCUGCUGCUGCCGGCGAGGGAGAGGAGCAUGUCUGCAACUCGAGCCAAGAAAGUGAAGAUGGCCACCAAAUCAUGCCCCGAGUGCGACCAACAGGUACCUGUUGCAUGUAAAUCAUGUCCCUGUGGAUACAUAUUUAUUAGCAGAAAACUUUUAAAUGCAAAACAUUCAGAGAAAUCAUCACCUUCUACAGAAAACAAGCAUGAGGCCAAGAGGAGGCGAACAGAGAGAGUUAGGAGAGAGAAGAUAAAUUCUACAGUAAAUAAAGAUUUAGAAAACAGAAAGAGAUCUCGAAGUAACAGCCAUUCAGAUCAUAUCAGACGAGGAAGAGGAAGACCUAAAAGUGCAUCUGCCAAAAAACAUGAGGAAGAAAGAGAGAAACAGGAAAAGGAAAUUGACAUCUAUGCUAACCUCUCUGAUGAAAAGGCUUUCGUGUUUUCAGUCGCCUUGGCAGAAAUAAAUAGAAAAAUUAUCAAUCAAAGACUUAUUCUCUGACACUUGUCUGCAAAAUCUGUUGAAACUUUCUUCAGGAUUACAUCAGCAAAUUCUCAAACAGUUAUGGACUCUAAAGAGCUUUCUGACUGCAUCAGUAAAAGGGCCAUUGGUUGUUUUUUCCCCUAUCAUUUAGCCUUGCCACACUUUGGAAGCAAAGCUGGAGGCUUGGACUGUUCUGGGAUUUCCUUGUUUACUAAGGAAUAUUGUCAGUGUUUUGUGUUUGGGAUAUAAGUAAGUGUAUUUAGCAAAAAAAAAAAAAAAAAAAAAGCUGGAUGGAUAUAUUAAGGGAUAAAAAGGGUAGGGGUGGGGAUGGUGGUAUGAAAAGUAGGGAAAUAAAAUGCUUGAUAGUUUUCAGGCUUGCCACCAGAGAUGCAAUAUUUUAAAUACUGUCAGAAAGAGUGACAUUUAAAAAUAUAUAUUUCAGAUUUUCAGCACUAAUAGAUUGCAUAUAUGCAGUUCAUUUGCUUUUAAUAAAUUGGCAAUUGAUAUUUUAUUGAAUGGGGAAUUAAGAAUAUAAACUGUAAAUUUUGUCUUAAA